AUGCGCCCAUGGAAGGCUAGUAGUAUCUUUGAUUGUCUUCGAAUCACGUGUAUUCAUUUCUGCCCCUCUCCUAGACCUUCCCUCGUUCCUUUGACCCAUGCCCCCCUGCAACGUAAACUCAAGAAUCGUCACAUCGCCAUGAUCAGUAUUGGUGGUGUCAUAGGCACUGGUCUUUUUGUUGGAACCGCAGACUCUCUGAUGUAUGGGGGCCCCGUCGGUCUGUUGCUCGGCUACAUGUUCAUGGGCACCAUCGUCUAUUGCGUCAUGAUCACUUUGGGAGAAAUGAUUGCUUUCCUGCCUAUACCUGGUGGUCAAAUGAAACUGGCCGAGCGCUUUGUUGACCCUGCAUUCUCUUUUACCACGGGUUGGAAUUACUGCUAUAGCUGGAUGAUUACCUCACCUACCGAAAUUUCUGCUGCUGCAUUAUUGAUAAACUAUUGGAAUGAUACUGUCAAUGACUCAGUAUGGGUUGUCAUGUGUCUUGUCGUCGUUCUCACCAUUAAUAUGCUCGGUGCUGGCGCUUACGGCGAGACGGAAUUCAUCUUCGCAUCCAUCACAAUCACCGGUCUUAUUAUUCUCGGUAUAGUCGUCGAUUUGGGAGGUAGCCCAACCCAUGACCGUAUUGGAUUCCGCUACUGGAAAAAUCCCGGACCAUUCGUUCGGUAUAAUGGCAUCGAAGGUGCCAAAGGACGAUUCCUUGGCUGGUGCGCUGUUUUGACGCAGGCCGCUUUCUCGUUCAUUGGAACUGAGAUUGUUGCUAUUGCUGCUGGAGAAGCAAAGAAUCCUCGUCGUACCUUGCCCAAAGCCAUCCGUCGAGUAUAUAUCUGUAUAUUGGUUUUUUACAUCGCUGGCACACUCGUCAUUGGUCUGCUUGUGCCAUCCAACAACCCAUUACUCAAAUUGACCGGUAGCACUGCCCGGUCUCCAUUCGUCAUCGCUAUCGAAUUAGCCGGAAUUCAAUAUCUUCCUUCAAUUGUCAAUGCUUGUUUGUUGACCUCGGCAUGGUCCGCCUCAUCUAGUGACUUGUACACUGCGUCUCGUGCAAUUUACGGUCUUGCAGCCUCAAGAAAUGCUCCGAAGGUCUUCCUCAAAACUACACGCAACGGGUUGCCUUACGUUACUGGCCUCUUCUGCGCCACUUUUUCCCUUCUUGCCUUCAUGGCUGUGUCAACAAGUGCGGGCUCAGUGUUCGUUUGGUUUUCCAACAUGACAGCCGUCGCUGGCCUUAUAUCGUGGUUUGGUAUUUCGAUGACAUAUCUCCGCUUCUACAAGGGCAUGCAGGUCCAAGGCAUCGACCGCAAGACGCUCCCUUAUUACACAAAUCUCCAGCCAUACGCAGCGUGGUGGGCAGUCGUUUUAACGAUCACCAUCUGUUUUUUCAGCGGAUGGACCGUCUUUCUCUGGAGUACUGUAACCUUCGUCACCAACUACAUCCUUUUUAUUACCUGGCCAAUCCUGUAUGUUGGCGCUCGCUUCUACUAUGGUGUCAAGUACAGUUUGGACAGGCAGGGAGUAUGA